AUGGCCUCCAGCCAAGUGAGCCAAUCUAGUGAGAAUUCCAGGAGGGAAGAAGAGGAUAUAGGCAUUGCCUUGCAUGUGGUACGCAUUCAGUUCUUCUCCUAUGCGUUCCUAGAUGAUAGAAUAGCUAGAGUGUUGACAAUCUUGCUCCAGAAGUAUCAGAUGCAAGAGACAAUCACUGAAGCAGAAAUACUACACAUUUUGGGCCCUGAUUAUAUUAACAAUCAAACACCAGUAUUCACGACACUCUGUGAAACCAUGUGUCUGACCUUCGGCAUUGAUAUGAGGGAAGUGGACCCCAUGAGCCACACUUAUGCCCUCUUGCCUCUCUUGGGCCUCACUUACAGUGGAAUACUCAGUGAUAAUUACCAGUGUCUUUCCAAAGUAGAUUUCUUGGUAGUCAUCCUGACUAUCAUCUUCGUGAAAGGUAACUGUGCCAGUGAGGAUGACAUCAAGGAAUUCCUAAGAAAAAGGAAAAUGCUAGCUCAGAUAGAUCACUUUAUUCUUAGGGAGCCCUGGAAAUUCAUCACUGAGCAAUUGGUACAGGAAGGAUAUCUAGAGUACCGACAGGUGGCCAACAGUGAUCCUGCUCGUUAUGAGUUCCUGUGGGGUCCAAGGGCUCAUGCUGAAACCACCAAGAUGAAAGUCCUGCAGCAUUUGGCAAAGGUUGAUAGGAAAGAACCCAGUUCCUACCCACGUCUCUAUGCAGACGCUUUGGGACAGGAGCAAGAGGCUGCCCAUGCAUCAAAUACAGGCCAGUAA